AUGUGUUCCACUAGCGAAACUAUCCCGGCUUGGGAACAGAAAAUCCGUGAUAUGGCGCUCUCUGAUCCAGGUCUCGAGAUAUCAGUCAACUCUCUGGAAGCUGUCGAGAACGCUCAUUUCGCGGCACUAAUCUAUAAGAAAUACGAUCCAGUACCAGACAACGUCAGGGUUCAGCUUAUCAGCAUCCAUAUAGUCACUGUCCAGAAUGUUGAGACUGCUACCAGGACAUGCAUCGAUACAAUCCAAGGCUUUAAGAAUGAGAAGCCCAAUAGAGACGUCUGGGGUCGUGCCAUCAGCGAAGCUUGCUGGACCGCCAAACAAAGCUUUUCUGACCGAUUCGAUAAUGCUUCAGAUCAGGCUGUCGAAACUAUUACUGCCCUGCCUCCUACGCAGCAUGAAGGAGCCGCCGCACUCUUCAGCUACGGCAUGGGUAUUGUCAGAAAGGUUACCAAUCAGGCAUCAGACGGAAUUUUGGACAUUGACACCAAGGAGCUUUUGGCAGAGAAUUGGAAUAAGCUUACAGAAGUGGAUAACGAUGUCAAGGCCGGGUGCAGCGCCGCUAGAGAUGCCCUGAAUUCGAUGUUCUAG